UAACGUAUUCAUAUAGCUAGUCUAAAAUGACAAUAGUGUCAAAUUUGAGAACAUUGUACGUGGGUUACUCUGGAUACUUUAUUAAACGCGAGUCGUACCGGUUGUACCCACUUCAUAUCCAAGUUAAAUUAAAAUGUAGAACCCCCGCUUCGAAACGAGUAAGGUUAAAGUUCACAGGAAGCUGGGGGGCUGCCAUUUUUCCCCGCUGCUAACAUUUUAGAUGCUAAAGAGAGAGGGAGGGGUGGUCGUCGUCGUGUUUUUAUUUAAUUUCCCUGGAUUAUUGAGCUGUAUACACUUUUUGUUUGGCAACCCCUAUACUAACCCAAAUUAAAGUUUAAUGAAUACGGCAUGGAGAGAAUAGCGGAGCAGUCGUGGAAUUCUUCAUACACCUAUCAGGUGAGCAAGCAUAGCGCGGAGAUGCUACACAACCUCAACAUUCAGAGAAAAGAUGGAGGCAGGUUUUGCGAUGUGAUCUUACGCGUUGGUGAAGAGAGCUUCCCUGCCCACAAGGCGGUACUGGCGGCGUGCAGCGAGUACUUCGAGUCCGUUUUUGGUUGUCAAACAGAGGGCGACGGGGAGGCAAAAGAACUCGAGAUGCAUACGAUAAGCCCUAAAGUGUUUAAAGACAUUUUGGACUUUGCCUACACUUCUAGGAUUGUGGUACGAUUGGAAUGUUUCCCCGAGUUGAUGACAGCUGCUAAGUUUCUUCUUAUGCGUUCUGUCAUCGAGAUAUGCCAAGAAGUAAUCAAACAGUCCAAUGUAAAAAUUCUUGUUCCACCCUCUCGAGGAGGCGACGUCAGUUUGUUUCGUGCCACGGGGGGCACAGAAUUGGGUUUCACAUUGACGGUAGACAACAUGUCAAAUGAGAAUGGCUUGUUGGCGAAUAGCAAUAAUCUAUUUACCAACAAUGGGCAAACACACAAUUUGGACGGAAAUCAUGCCAAUGACACUGUCACAUCGGAUAGCAGCCCCCAGUCCACUAUGCCAAUCCUGCAGCCCGUGUCUCCAUUAGAAAUGACAGGGAACCCGUUCCAAGAAGAGGGCUCUCCGGGCGCCAAGAGAGGCAGGGGACGACCAAAGAAAGCGACAGUCAUGGAACCUAUACAUUACAAUCACACCACAGUUGACGUUAAAGAAGACAUUAAGCAGCUUUUUCCUUGUGGAGUAUGUGGCAAAGCAUUUACGGAGGCUGUGCGGUUGAGAAACCACGAAGCGCAGCAUGGACCGUCCAGUCACGGCGCGAGUAGCGGAGGUUGCGAGGACUUGUCUGAAGGAGGCCCUACCUUGAUAUCUCGCUCUGGUCAGCCAGGACUGUUGGAGAACGGCAUGCCCCUGCAUGGAGCAGUAGAUAACGGCCGUAAGCGCGAAAGGACGAGACGUCACGUUGGCUGUGACAUUUGUGGAAAGGUGUUCCGCGAUGUUUACCACCUGAACCGACAUAAACUGUCGCAUUCUGGCGAAAAGCCGUAUGCUUGCCAUGUCUGUGGCCUGCGGUUUAAGCGCAAGGACAGGAUGUCAUACCAUGUGCGGUCACAUGAUGGAUCUGUGGGCAAACCUUACGUCUGUCAAAGCUGUGGAAAGGGGUUUUCCAGGCCAGACCAUCUGAAUGGACACAUCAAGCAGGUUCACACCACAGAGAGGCCCCAUAAGUGCCAGAUUUGUAAUGCCUCCUUUGCUACAAGAGAUCGCCUGCGGUCUCACCUGGCUUGCCACGAGGACAAGAUUCCGUGCCAGGUGUGUGGGAAGUACCUGCGGGCUGCGUACAUGACCGACCACCUCAAAAAACACAGUGAAGGACCUCACAAUUACUGUGGCAUAUGCAACAAAGGUUUCUCCACUGCGUCCUACCUUAAGGUGCACGUAAAAUCGCACCACGGCUCACCGUUGCUCCCUGCCACUGCCCCGGCGCACAGUGCCUUCCCUGCGCCGCGCGGGGAGCUGCAGGCACACGGUGGCACCCCCUACCACAUGGAGCGCCAGUUUGCAGUGGAAGACCUGUGCACCAGUCGCCGGCUGCUGGUCACCUUCCCAGAGGCUGAGGGCCACUGCUUUCUCCCCCAGCCCGGCCCUCCCUCCCUGGGCCUGCAGCCCGAGCUGCUCCUAGGGAAACCAGGGCCUGGGGGGGUUCCAUAUUUCUGGGAGUGCCGCUCUGCCGGCCCGCCUGGGUUCCACUCCCUCCAUGGGCCUCUGCCAGAUGGGCAGGAGAAUGCUGGGAAGUGCUCACAUCAGGGAGAAUCUGAGGGAGACGAGACAUUGUUCGGGGAGCUGUCGAACGGCGACGAGAUUAAGUCUCUGCAUAAAUCCGAGGGAGAGGACCACGGGUCGCCGACGCUGUUCGCCUGCAACGGAGCCUCUGCCGGUACUGGGGCUGUGGGGGGUUCUCCGCCAGCUGGUACUAAAGCCAAGCCCAGCCAGGACUCCCCAGAGAAGAAGUUCCCUUGCUGCGAGUGCACCCAGACCUUCCGCACUAAGUCCUACCUCAACAAGCACAUCAACAGAGUGCACCAUCAUGGGGUCCAAAAGAGUCUGGUGGUGGGCGCCGGGCCGGGGUCCGGUCUGGGGGAGCUGGGUCCGUCCCUGGGCUCACCGUUCUCCCCUCAACAGAACAUGUCUCUGUUGGAGUCAUUUGGCUUCCAGAUCGUCCAGUCUGCCUUUGCCUCGUCGCUGGUGGACGCCGAGGCAGGACACAGCGGGAUGGAGUUGGGGGGGAAGUGACCCGGAGUUCACAGGAAACAUGGGGGAAUCGUUCCCUAGCUAGGUCUGUUCGGCCAAUCCGAUGUAGGGGAAUCACAUUGUAGACUACUCUGACGUGGGCUGUCAACUGUCUUUUGACUACUCUGACGUGGGCUGCAGACUACUCUGAUGUGGUCUGUAGACUGUCUUUUGACUACUCUGACGUGGGCUGUAGACUACUCUGAUGUGGUCUGUAGACUGUCUUUUGACUACUCUGACGUGGGCUGUAGACUACUCUGAUGUGGUCUGUAGACUGUCUUUUGACUACUCUGACGUGGGCUGUAGACUGUCUUUAGACUACUCUGACGUAGUCUGUAGACUACUCUGAUGUGGUCUGUAGACUACUCUGCGUCAUCACUCACUGUUGUCGUUCAUCACGUUCUGUCACUGUUCUGUUUCAUGGUCCCUCUGUAUUAAUAUCAAUAUACAUUUCUUGUUAAUCAAUACAAUUUCAGAGCAGAAUACAAAAUGUACAUACAGUUUUUUAUUUACAUUAAGGAACAUAACAGCUUUUUUUAAAUAUCUGCUGUUUAUUGUAAAUCUUGUUUUUCCUUUUUGAUUGUAUUUGUAUUAUGGUUUAUGAUGUAACCACGCCCAUAUGAUCUAUUACCAAACACGCACAUAUAAUGAACAUAUAUUAGCCAACGCUGUUAUUGUUGUUAUGUCAGUUCAUGAUCAUUCCGAGUGUGGUUGGUAAACUAUGGGAUGUCCACGUCUGGGUCAGUACGUGUUGACUGGAAUGCUUUAUUAUUAUCUACGUAUGGUGUUCACAGCUGCGGUGACGCCCUCUGACCCCAAGCUUCCACUUCAGACAGAAGAGGCUGCCGAUGCAACUCUGUAACUGUGGAACAAUGGAACUCCAGCCCGACUCUGAAUAGAACGAUAGAAUCAUAGCCAAUUCUAUCCGCUUUCGCGGGGCAAGGAUAAAACCCUAUGCCUCAAACUAUUGCUGUUAACACGAGAAUGUUAUUUUCUCUUAUUAUGGAAAGAACAGAUGUAUUUGUUAGUCACAAAUGUGAAAUCAAUUCUUCUGGAUAUUCAACAGGGACCAAGUUCAGGUUUGACUAUUAGGAAUCUUGAGAAAUGUAGAAUAUAUUUUAUUAACUUAUUGAUUGCCCUGUCUGCUUUGUGCACAACCAGUUUUUUAUGAAUUGAUGUUUGAGAUGUCAGUGUGCUGUGCUGAUUUUCCUCUUUUAAGUUAUGCUAGAUACAGGUCUACUGGGGAGCGACAGAGAGUAUGUAUGCUGAAAUGUCUGUGUGUCUGUCUAUUUGGUGCUCUGAUAUAUGUGCUUUUCUCACAGAAUUUAAUCAACCAGAAGGCUUUUACUCGUAAUUGUUUGUCAGUAAUUUGACUUUUGCUUUCAGUACAUUCCUGCUUUUAUUUAUAGUUAUAUUGUGAUUGUAUUGAGUGCAUAUAACAUUCAUGUAUAUGGAAUUGUUAUAUGUGUAUGAAAUUGUUAUAUACAGUGAAGUUCAAAUGUAUUUUGAUAAUGAUAUAUUUUUGUUGUUGUUUUAGCUCUGUACCCCAGCACUUUAUUCAUCCAAUCAGUAGGUUUAAAGUUUUUAUUGGAUUUGUUGGCAGGCCCCUAAGUACUAAAUUCCAUCAAUCACUUCUGGAUAAAACAAAUGCCAGUAAGCAUUUCCCCAUUCAAAACUAAUGAGACACAGUCUUAAAUACAAUCUUGAUACAACAAGGUGAAAAGUCGCUUAACCAUAAUUUCUCCUGGGUUGUUUCUGGAAAAAGAAAAUCUCUGUCUUGUGUACCUGUAAAAUAACAGCAUAGAAAAUAAAACAAUGUAGAGCAGGAAAGGAGUGGGCCCUAGUAUUUACCCUGGUUGGACACAACAGGUUAUGGUGAACUCAAGGAUGAUGUACUGCAUGUGCUUAGAGAUGAACCAGUUUAGGCCAGUCCCAGUGAUGGCAGUGUGCUCUCUAAGGCAUUGCAGUCGAAAGUAGCACUGAUGUCCAGAUGAAUCGGGACAUGGUAGGUCCUGUAUGUGCAGACAUCCGCAGGUACUUUCCAAGUUUCCCCCGAGUCUGUUACAGUACUGUGGAUGGGCCUCUCAGCAGAUUGGAAAAGCCUCAUUAAGUUGGUUGUGAGGUAUUAUUCCAAAGUUUAGUACAUGGUCCAAUAUCGCUAACAAGCAGUUACUACUUAAAACGUGUUACUGUACAAGCUUGUGUGUUUCUAAAGAUGUUUCUAAACAUGUCUACAUUAAUGAGGAUGCUACCAUGACUACUGACGACCCUGAAUGAAUUGGGAGUAAUUAUUAAUGAGAAAAUUAUCAGGAAUAAUAAACAUUAAAAUACCCCACAAAUAAAGCUUAAUUCUAACCUUACAGUGAUGGUAUCAUUUCAAAAGCAAUGUGCUGGUGUACGGAGCAAAAACAACAUAAGUCAUUUCCCAAAUACUUAAGGACCUCAUAGAACUGAUCAAACCUAAUGAUUUAUUUUAUCUUUGUCAAUGAAUAUUCUUGUAUAUAUAAAUGUUAUUUUCCCUUCCUUCCCAAUGUUGGAAAGAGCCGUGUAGGUUUUGGUGGUGGCUGUUUGAUUUGAACAUUCUUCCUCAGUGUGCACGCCCAUGAUCUGCUGUAUACUGUUCUCGAUAUAUAUUUUUCUUGGGGUGGGGGUGGGAUGAGAGGUCGCUCACUGGAUGACCGGACUAUGGUUGUCGUACCUGGAUUCAAAAAAGUACUUGAAAAGCAGUCUGGCUUGUUUCAGUCCGGCUGGAGUGCCAGAUUGAGUGGGUUUGCACUUGUGGAACUCUUCCAUUGGUUUCGUUGUGCCAAGCAAGCUAAAUCCAGGUGUCAUUCACUGUGCUGUUACCUGGUCCAGGUAGUGUACAGUAGAGAAAUGCCACCCUGAUCCUGGAGUGCUGGAGACACUUAUGUUUUCAAUUGAACCAACCUGGAAGACCCAAUGUGUUGAAUUUAGGUUAUGGCUGACCUGAUCAAUUAGCUUAUUUGGUCAAGUGUGGUGCCUGGUUGGAACAAAAUACUCCAGUACCUGUGACCCUCCAGGAACAGGACUGCCUGCCCCACUUGUAUACUCAUUACAGUUUAGUUUUACAACCAAUGGCUUUGAUCGAUCAGUCUGUUUAGGCCAUGUUACACAGUUUUUAUUCUCCCACUAGUAAUGCUUUACGAGUAGUGGACGGAGUAAAAACAGUUUGUUAUUUAUUGAAUAUGUGAGAGACAAAGCUUUUUAGGAAUAUCCUCAUUAUAACUGGUGGUUGUGGCCACACUGAGGAUUGCCCAUAUAGCAUAUGCUAAUUCAUUGAUUUGUUGGUAUUAUUUGUUUAUUUCACCUGUUUUGGUACUUACGUUUGUAGAAUGUUUUUCUUGUUUGAUUGCUUAGAUACUUAAAUGUGCUGUCUUGUCUUAUUCUGUUGGUCUGUUGCAAAGUGCCUUCCCAAUACUAAUUGUGCACAGCAGUAGAUUUGAAACGCAAAAUGAAAAAGGACCUCUUUCUCUAAAUGGUAAAUCAUGCGCAGUGACUUGCAUUGACACUUUUGUACGUAUAAAAACAUGCACACACAGAAGAUGUACAUUUGUAUAUGUAUGUUACCUUGGUAUUUUAUCAUUGUACUUGCAAGAUGGUUAAAGUUAAACAUUUUUUGAGUUCCAUGUUUUGUUACAAAACCUUUGGACAUAUUUCAAUAAAAGCAUACUUUUUGUA